GAAAGUUGGCCACUUAAACUACUUCCAGCCAGCCGGCAGACAUUAUACCGAACCCGAACUACACCAGGGGGGGAAGAAUAACACCGCGUUUCCCACAACGCACCGUCAUUCAACUGCUUACUCCUCCAUUUUUGUUUAUUUUUAAUUUUUGCAAACUUACCACUGUAGAGGUUUUCAUUUCAGCUGUUGCUAGGUUCAAUCGCCAAAUUUGUGGCAUAAUUAUUCAGCAAGAGGAGAGCACCCCUUUUAUUUUCCCCCCCGGUGGAAGAAGGGUCCAGAAUUUCUCCGCCUGGGAUUUGGGAUUUGGCAGCGCAUAUUCUCUGAUCUUUCCAAACACAUUCCGUUUCCCUUUUUUCUUUCUCUUUCCUGUUUUUAACGUGGACUUUCGGAGUGAAAGAGGUUUCACAGCGCUGUGAUUUUUUUAUUUUAUUUUAUUUUUUGCCUGAGUAGCUACAGGAUGGCUACUUUACCGGGAACAGUGCCUCGGAUGAUGCGCCCUGCGCCAGGCCAGAACUACCCACGAACCGGCUUCCCCCUGGAAGUGUCCACUCCUCUUGGCCAGGGCAGGGUGAACCAGCUUGGUGGAGUCUUCAUCAACGGGAGGCCCCUGCCAAAUCACAUCCGACACAAGAUAGUGGAGAUGGCCCACCACGGCAUCCGGCCCUGCGUGAUCUCGCGACAACUGCGAGUUUCUCACGGCUGCGUCUCCAAAAUCCUGUGCCGGUACCAAGAGACCGGCUCGAUCCGUCCGGGGGCCAUAGGGGGCAGCAAGCCCAGGCAGGUGGCAACUCCUGACGUGGAGAAGCGGAUCGAAGAGUACAAGAGGGAAAACCCGGGAAUGUUCAGCUGGGAGAUCCGGGAUAAGCUGCUGAAGGACGGGGUGUGCGACAGAAGCACAGUUCCUUCAGGUGAGGCUUCAUCUGUGAGUUCCAUCAGCCGCGUUUUGAGGGCCCGAUUUGGCAAAAAAGAUGACGAGGAUGACUGUGAUAAGAAGGAUGAAGAUGGAGAAAAGAAAACAAAGCAUAGCAUCGAUGGCAUCCUCGGUGAUAAAUGUAACCGCACAGAUGAAGGCUCGGAUGUUGAUUCGGAGCCAGAUUUGCCACUGAAGAGGAAGCAGAGACGCAGCCGCACCACCUUCACAGCAGAGCAGCUGGAGGAGCUGGAGAAGGCUUUUGAAAGAACGCAUUACCCUGACAUCUACACCCGAGAGGAGCUGGCUCAGAGGACGAAACUCACAGAAGCCAGAGUACAGGUGUGGUUUAGCAACAGACGGGCUCGGUGGCGCAAGCAGGCCGGUGCCAAUCAGCUAGCAGCCUUCAACCACCUGCUUCCUGGAGGAUUCCCACCCACGGGCAUGCCAACCUUACCCACCUACCAACUGCCGGACACCAGCUACCCCAGCGCCACGCUAUCACAGGAGGGCACCAGCACAUUGCAUAGACCCCAGCCUCUGCCACCGUCAUCCAUGCACCAGGGAGGUCUGAGCGCCGACAGCAGCUCCGCUUACGGCCUGUCGUCCAAUCGCCACAGCUUCUCCAGCUACUCCGAUACGUUCAUGAGUCCCUCCGCCUCCAGCAACCACAUGAACCCCGUCGGCAACGGGCUCUCCCCACAGGUGAUGAGCAUCCUGAGUAACCCCGGCGGUGUACCCUCGCAGCCCCAGCACGACUUCUCCAUCUCCCCCCUUCACAGCAGUCUUGAGAGCUCCAACCCCAUCUCAGCCAGCUGCAGCCAGCGGUCUGACACCAUCAAGAGCGUGGACAGCCUGGCUUCCUCCCAGUCGUACUGCCCUCCGACCUACAGCGCCACCAGCUACAGCGUGGACCCCGUCACUGCAGGCUACCAGUACAGCCAGUAUGGCCAGACCGCCGUGGACUACCUGGCUAAGAACGUGAGCUUGUCCACCCAGAGGAGGAUGAAACUUGGGGACCACUCAGCAGUGCUCGGGCUUCUGCAAGUCGAGACAGGACAGGCCUACUGAAGACACCCCCGACUCAUUCUCCACCUCCUGUCUCUCUGUUUCGCCCGCCUUCGUCUGCCUCAACUAGCUCGACGCUCUUCAUCAAGUCUGGAACUCAGGUCGCCUCUCUGCUGCCCCGCCAUGACAUCGGAGAAAGUGACGCUUUUGGGGAAACCAUACGGUUUUUCAUGCUAUCUCUAAUCCUUAAAGAGCUAUUUACCACCAAGGGUCCAAACAAGACCCCUAGGACUGCGGAUUCGCAUCGACUAGGACUCCCUCUUUGUCAUGGCUGCAGUCCAGCACACAUUUAGAGCCAUCAACAACAUGUACUUUGACCUUGCUGUUCAUAGUAGUUAACAAAGCCAACAUCAUUUGAGUAACUCUUAUUCCUUGUUCCUUUUUUGAUAUUGUUAAGCCGUUUGUUGCUGUUAUAUGAUUAUGGUUAAUGUGAUUUUUGUUGUUGUUUGAAUCCAUCCGUAUCUCUUUUAUCUGUUUGAUGUCGGUGCGUUAAAAAAAAAACCACAGAGGAUGACUGAGACGACAUGGAAGCGAGUGUCUGUUGCGUGUGCAUGUACGUUCGCUUGUCGGCACAUUCACACACAAGAGGAGAUGAUUGUUUUCCAGGCUGCUGCUCCCUGAGCUCCAAUGCUCAUGAGCGAUUUGACCUUCCCACUUUCAUAUUCCUCUUGACAUUCCUAAAGAACUUGGCCACUCUGUGGGAAGUCUGGCUGGAUGGAUUCAGCAGGGAAUUUAAGCAGCGUAUUGGCGGCCAAAAGCUUCCCCACCACCACUCCUCGUAACCUCCAUCCCAUCCUUAGCCGCAGCCCAUGGGGAAAGUGGGGCAUUGUUUGCAAAAACAGGAUUGGGGAAAUUAAUGUGUUUUGAAAUAUGGACCUUGCCAAGGAGGGCUAACUCACUCAAACCAGCAGCUCCCCUCCCCAAUUCCCCAGAAAGCCCAUCUUCCAGGAAGUCCUGU